CCCCCAAUCAUCGUCCUCCCAAUCCCUAAUCCUCGCUGUUUUCCUUUUUCUCAGUUCCCCCUCACAGCGCAGGCAAGGCAGCCGACCUAGCGCACAGGCCUUAGCGAACGGGUAAUAAAAAGCGAUGGGGAAUGCAAAAGCCAAGCCCAAUCGUCGCCGAAAAUGCAGUUCCGGCCCCCAAAUAGUGGCCAACAGGCAUGACGGCGGUCUCAAUGGGGCUACUAGGACGUAGCAGUCGAUUGUUUGUAACUCCUGAGCUGUUCGUAUCUUGACGCGCCAGAGCCAGCCCUUCGUGUCAUGUGUGACCGGUGUACGCCUCUGUAACCAGACAUAUCGCAUUGGAUACGAGCUGGUGCUCGAGUGACAUACUUUGUUCAGGGGCUGAUGGCUCUGUCCUUUAACAUUCGAGACGCAGUUUCACUGCAAAACUUUGAAUUGUCCACUCCGUAGCAUAGAAUUAACCCUCGACAACGGUGCAAUGUUUGGUACUGAGACGUGACGGUGCAAAGUAAGUAUAGAAGAAAGAGAGUCGGGAUGCAUAUGCAUGGUAGUGAUUGAUUGCAUGUAUGCAUGCACGCGGGUUUCUCGCCUAGCUGCUAACUCGUGCGUGUUGUUGCUAUUCCUGUAUCCAAGGGUGGGACGCGACCCGCCGAUACAACUGGUCGGACCCUAGUCACAUACAUAUACGGGACGUAGCUCCCAUUCUUCUUCGUAUAUGCCAUUGCCCAAUAGACCGUUCGUCUUUAUAGCAGCCGUGCAGCACUUUCCGGGUCUCCAUAAAACACACGCAAAGAAGCGAUGGAAACUUGUGUACACAGUAAGCGCCAGUCCUUCUCCAAUUCCCUAGCUUGCGUGAAAGCGAGAGGCAAUGGUAGCGUGGUGGCCGUUAUUAGGUGAAAGCUUGAUCGACAUAUAUCUCCUUGCAUCCCCCCGCUUGGUAGUUGCUAUCAAGGCGCAGUCGCUGAGCUGUAGACGGAUAGGGCUCGCUUGUGCUUACUUGUCCUGGACCUUGUUGAUCCACUCCCAAUAAUCUCGACCGAUAUGUCAUGUAUGUACUGUAAAUUCGCCCCAUGUGACUCACCGGAAAUGCACGGCCCGUCUGUAUGCGGCACUCCAUUCCAUCAUCUGUGACGAAGGAGCUCAUUGCCAGUCCGAUCAUCAGUGGCACUGACGUUUCAGUAUCGCGUGUCCAUUUGAUCAACGUCUCCGCCGUCAUCAUCUUGAUACUCGUCCGCCACUGCCCCAUCUCUAUGUAGUUCCUUCAUUUGCGCAGGCGUCAGUUCCACGACCGUGGGAGCGUACUCGCCAGCCUCGUCGUCCUCGUCAGCACCAUUCAUAUCCAUCUCCACGCGCUCGCCAUCCUCGAGAUCGAUCAUGCCGCGCUUCAGAUAUCGCGAGUCGUCCAGGUCCCACCCAAACUCCUUUUGCACACACUCCUGCAGCUCCUCGAAUUCAACCAUCAUGUCCGGUUUCCGUCUAAACUCCAGUUCACCCAACGACUUCCGAAACUUGUGAAGAAGCGGUUUGAGAAAGCCGCCGCCGUGCUCACCCAUGUCGAACAUGCUUCCCUCCAUAUCCCCACAAUGACCCAAUUGUAACCGCAAAGUCCGCAGCACCUCAAUGUACAGGUUAUAGCGUUCCUUGAUAGCUUGACCACAGGUCAGCAGCAGCGUCAGCAACCGCUUCCACUGCUCCAGACACGAGUUGUUGUUCAGCGUCAGGACCAUCAGAAAACAAAACUGCAUUUCGCCCAGCACCUCGAAUUCUCGACUGCGCAGGUCCUUGCCCUGUCCCACCUUCUCCACCAGUUCACCGAGCGCCCAGGAGCGGUCUUGUGCAGCUUCAGUGCGCUCACGGCCCGUUGCGCCUUCUCUCCAUGUCCGCUUCAGAUCCACCGAUCUAUGGCGGCAGAAGAUGCGGAACUCAGGUUCCAGUGGUCGGGUUGGAGGCCGUUGAUGCGCGACAAGAGCGAGGGCGAUAUCCGCUCUGUAAGAUCGCCCCAGUCUGAUGACUCUUCCCUUGCAUCUUCAUCCUCCUCCUCUUGCGUCUCUCUCGACUUGACAGUCUGGCGGUAAGGGGUUAGUCCGUCCUUCCAUAUGCUGCCCAGAUUUGCCCUCCAUGUCAGGACGGCCGUCUGUGAGGUUUCGGCGACAAGCUCCUCAUUUUGGGGGUUCCAUUUCUUGAUGAAGACCU